ACAGAAUGGUAGCAUUCAUUGAAAUGGACGGAGCUGAUAAGGCGAGAGACAUUGACGAGAGGGCAGAAGAAGAAUAUAAUUUGAUAAAAGGCAAUCUACUUUACAACGGGAGACGUGAACUGCAGGAAAGCUUUAAUAAACGAAAUAAAACUGCCGAGAAAAAUGUCACCCAAUUGGAAUCAAUCAUUGUAACAAAAAAGGUUUGA